AUGAGCCUGUGGCCUGGGUUUGGUAUGAUUGCUCUUGUGGACCUUUCCUUCGAUCUAACCAAUUACUUCGGCACUCGUACGGCUGGUUACAGAAAUUCACAGUGUGCUAGUCAAGAUAUAACCACGGAGGCAGCUUUAAUGAAAAUGGCUUACGUUCUGGGGAAAUGGAGCGACACAGCUACCCAACGUCGAAUGUUGAGCUACAAUCUUCGCGGGGAGAUUACCGAGCCCCUUGUUGAAACUCGUCGUCACCGCAAAUCCUCGCCGGAUCGGAGUAGUCCCGUCGAAGGCAUGGCCACCAUGGCCACCACCACCGGCCUGGGUUGCAUACUGAUGAAUGCGGAGAACGCUGAACUUACGAAUUUGUGGUCAGCCAACCUAUUCCGUUCACUGGUGUGUGCAGCAGCUAUGAAUGAUGAGGUUGAAGUGCUCCAGGAACUCUUGCGUAUCGCUGGUCAUUUUGAGCUUUACGACAAAAGACACGUCUACCCUCUGCAUGUCGCUGCAGGCGCCGGAGCGCUAGGAUCUUGUCGACUCAUGUUGGAGAAUGGUGUUAACGCAAACGUGGUUGACAAACGCGGUUUCACACCUCUAUCAUGGGCUGUUCGCAGUCCCAAUGCGACUGUUCCUCUGAUAAAGCUAAUGAGAAAGUUUGGUUGCCGUUUCUCAUCCAUCACAUCAGCUCGAGCUCGUGAAACAAACGGUGCUGCUCGAGCAGGAAGGAUUAACCAGUUGAAAUUCUAUCGACUGGCUGGCUUGUCACUUAAAGAGUAUGAUGCCGAGGGUCGUGCACCGCUUCACACAGCUGUGGCGUAUCACCAGACCGAUACCGUCAGAUAUUUAAUAACUCCGAAGACGGUGAACAAGUCAUUUGAAGGAAAUGAUGAAAUGGAUAUGCUUGAAGCAAGUGGUGCUGGCGUUGAUCCCGCUCAACCAACAGGUUAUGGUACGACAGCACUGGAGGAAGCAAAAGAAAGUGGCUUCGAUGAUAUCGUAAUAUUGUUGGAAAAUGCCCUUAAGAACAAUUAA